AUCCCAAAAUUCGUCAUUCCGAACGGACCAUUUAAGCCGACCUCCUCUCGUCCCCACCUAAUGUUAAUACUGCUGUUUCUUUUCAUCCUAUCUAAAUCUACCAACAUCAUCUUGGAGCAAUAUGCACGAUCCGUAUCUCUGAAUCAUUUAGUUACUAUUUUCCGGAAUAUAUUCGGGCAUGUCUUUUUGAAGUUUCAUUUUCCAACUUUCGUUGUACAUAAAGUGAAAGCUGCGUAUUGAUUGGGCAUAUUUUCGGCAAUGGGUCAGCGGUCCGCAUACCUACCAAUUAAAAGGCCUGAUGAUUGGGGCUUCAUCUUCUCCGCAUGAACAAAAUCCGAGUCCUUCUAUCACUUUGGCGACCUUAGAUAUCUUUGGAUUGUCUUCAAGUUCAACCCAAAUCUGACAGACUCACCUAUCUGACACACACCUUUCGUCAGCGCCACUAUCUUCCCCGAUAACCACAUAAUCUUGCAAUUUCUUUUUGAACAUACAAAGACGCCUUGUUUGACAUUUGAUCUGUUCUAUCUUAACUUCGAUGCCACCGACAGAUUCUUCCUACUUUUUUUGCUCUUCUCUAAAGUUUUAAAACUUCGGCAAUUUAGGGGGUGUCGACUAAACAACCACUGGGUCUCCCCCACCUAUAUAAGUUUUCAUCCUUGGAUACAGGUUCACAUUCGCCUUGGAGUGUCGAGAUUGAGAAGGACCAAUCACAUUUCUCUUGCCUCAAGCCUUAUCUCACCAAACUACUUCCGAAGUAGAAAUAUUGAUUGACUUGAAGUACUUCUGCUAUUAAAAUUAUCUGGAUUACUGCAUCAUAAGUUUGAAUGGGACUAGAAACUUAUAUUGAAUGGUGAACGGUUCUUUAUUAAAUUUCCAAAAGGCUUGCUGAUUCGUCACAAAUGCUAUAUGAAAGCAGAUUAAACUUGGAAAUUCCUCAUACAUAAUCACUUUGAUUCUCUUCGUGGAAAACUUUACCUCAUUUAGAAUCAUAAAAAUCGGAGUAAUUAUUCAUCUUGGUCAAGGUAAACGACGGAUGACAAGAUGAUUUGCAGUGGCUUCCCAUUGGCUCUUCUGUCUCUCCUCCUAUUGGUUAUUUUGUGUCACGUGACUGCGUCAUUUCCUCUCCUAUGUGGUCAAGAACUUGUGAAUGCUGUUGCAUUUGUGUGUGAUGGCCGUGGCUACUAUGGUCAGCCCAGCAAAAGAUCAGCUGGCGUCUUCGAGUUGGAAUCACGGGCAAAGACAUUUCUGAAGUCGGGGAUAUCCAGAGGUGAGUUUGGUCGGUCAAAACGCCGCGUAAGAACAGGUCUCAUCGUAACAGAGUGCUGCCACAACCGAUGUUCAGUCUCCCAUCUGGAAAGUUACUGCAAUCCAUUGCCCCAGGACGCAGUCCAUGACCCAGAAGUGCACAUACGACUGGAGAAGUCCGCUGAAGAAGAUGCCGACGAAGGGCGCCCCCAAGAUGGUCCAAGUCAAGUCGACACCGCUACGGGAACAAUGCUUGGAACGGAUACGUCGGAGUCCCGAGGACGACUUCGCAUUGAUGCUGUUGAGAAAGUAAUUUCAGGCAGACUGAUUCCGACAUCGACAAUGGGGUCAUCCACGACUCAAACGCGAAAGAAACCAAGGAAGGAUAAGAGCGAGAGAAGGAAAUCGUCAAGAGAAGAGAAACAAGCUAGGAGAGAGGAGAGGAGGAGGAAUAGGGAACGGAGCUCUGGGGGCAAGUCACGGAGUGGACGGCGGAAAAACAAGGAUAAUGAUCGUACAUCAAGAGCCAAACGACAGGGCUUGACUUUGUGGAGGAACAUGUUUUCGGAGAAGGCUUUCAGUAAUACCCAGGCUCUUGAGAAUCAACAUAUCCUUUACCCGUUGAACGAAAUAGCGCCAUCUUCGACCAUCAUCGACACAUUUGAGACGGAGACCUUACUCCCCAAACAAAAGUCCCUCCAAGACGUUGGUAUUUUAAAUGCCAAGCAAUCAUCAAUAAAUGCAGAUGAGGAUAGAAAUGCGAUAUUUUCUGAUUUAAUGACAAAAUUGAGAACACUUGUUUUAGACUUCACCUCCGAUAGGUGAGAGAAGCUACCAUUCCUUGUUUUCUUCAAAUAUAUAUUAUUGUUUAUUUAAGUUUGAUGUAAGUUUAAGCAUGGACCUCCUGUGGUUUAAGGAAGAGAAGGGGUAUGGCUGAAUAAAAAAUGGCUGAAAAAUUGCUGAGAAAAUGGCUGAAUAUCCCUCAAAGGGAAAUCCAUUGUUAUUUAAAAAAAUAUAUAUCAAUAAUGAUAUCAUUAAAACUACAACAACGGAUUCGGAAGAGUUGUUUUGCAUUUUACUCAAAACGAGAAAAGUUGAUUGAAAUCGUCAAUCAGCAUUUUCAAAUUGAUGAUUCGGUAAUAUAAACGUGACAAAUAAAGUUUUGAGCGUUUUCUUAUUGAAUAUUCAUCUAACUAACGUAAUUAUAAAAAAAAAACAUGCGUUCGAAUUAUUCCAAGGAGAUUUGUGAUCCCCUCACCAUAUUUUGCGAGUGCACACGUGAUUGGUGCAUGAUCAAUGUCUCUUGAUACAAAACGUCAUACAAUUUGAGGGGGGGGGGGUAUUGGGGAAGGGGUGUUGACUCAUUCUAUCACCCCCCCCCCUUCCCCCGAAUCAUGGUUCGUUUUUUGUUCUUGCAUCUACUUUAAUGUCUCGGAUAUUUCGACAUUGGGAGAUUGGAACGUUCGGGAGCUUAUUAGCGGACUAUUUCCAAAUAAUUCAGGAAAAAGAAAUGUUUGGAAAUAUGUUUGAAUAUGCUCACGAUUUCAAAAUCUAAGAUCAUGAAUUGUUUUUUUAAUGUUAUUAUUGUUACGAGAAAGUACUAUCUUAUGAAAAUUAAAAGUGUCCGUUGUGGAAUGUUAAUGUAUGAAUUUAUUUAUAAAAAAAGCAGUACAAUUGAGGUUAUUUCAAAUUCACGUUUAGUAAAGAAAAAUGCUCGGUUAAUCAUUAAUAUUAAAUUAAUUUUGUUUGUUUUUGGAAAAUUACUUAUCGCAUGUUAAAGGUAUAAUGGCACCCAACACUUAACCUGUUCAAGCAAAGAAAUACCCUAUUCAUGUGUUUGGUUGAUAAUGAAGUUAAAUUAUCAUCAAAUGUUAUGUUGACCUUUAUUACGUUCAUUAUAACUUUGUUACAGCAGCUCUAAAAACUUUUUGUUCUUUUCUAUAUUAUCUUCGUUUUUCUUUGAAAAACGUCGAAAAUGAUAUUUGCCGUUGUAGGUGAAUUGAACAGGUUUACUAUUUUUGGUUUUCUCAGAAUAUAUUAUUUAUCAUAUUACUUAAAAAAAUGUUGAUUUUUUUUGUUUCACUGCUAUCAAGUUGCGAUAUGACUAAACACGCUAAAGGUUGAUAAAUCGUUUCUGAUAAAUUCGAUACCAAAAAUGUUUGUGUGUGUAUUUUGAAAAAAAAAGAUAAUCGACAAAUUGCAAAUGGAUUGUUAACAAGGGUUCAUUGUGGGGAUAUGAUGUACUGUAUUUACGUAUUAUUGUCUGCAGUGUUUGUAAUGUCUGAAGCAACAAGCUAUCAUUAUGAUAAUGACAAUCGUUGAAUGGGGUUGAGAUAAUAAAAACAAUAAACACAUGCAGUGUUUGCCCAUAAAAUCAAAUUAAGAGCAAUGUAUUUUAAUUGGUAAGACGUACUUUGGUGGUUUGAUCAUUCAGACAUCCAGAAAUAGUUUUGUCACUAAUACUAUUGCUGCUUAUAAUGCUGAAAUUCGUCUCAAACAACAAUAUAAUCCCAACAACCAUGACAACUAUCACCGCCAUGCUACCACAAGUAGUAAUACUACGAAUAAUAAUUAUAAUGCUGCUACUAUUGGUUCUACUACAGAACUGCUACUACUAGUUAAUUUAUUACUGAUAGUACUACUACUACUACUACUACUACUACUACUACUACUACUACUUCUACAAUAUACUACUACUACUACUACUUACAAACAUGGUUGUUACUUUAUUACUGCUGCUGCUGCUGCUGCUGCUGCUGCUGCUACUACUACUACUACUACUAACACUAUUGCUACUAUUGAUAAUGUUUGUGCUACUACUGCCAUGACUUUUGCUUCCAAUAUUACAAUUUCUACUACUUAUACUAUCAUUUGUGAUUUGCCGGUUACUCGUUCUAAAAUAUUUAAACUAUGAUGUUGCAUUCGUUGAAUACAAUUUCAUUUCAAAACAUGCGGUUCUGUCAAUAAACCGUUGGAAGGAACCAAACCUUAGUUUACAGUUUCAGAACGCGUCGCGUGUUAAUCGUUUUAUUGUGCAAUAUUAAUUUGUAAAUGUUACUCGUCACCAUGACGAUAGAGAUCUUGACAUCAUCUCCUUUUGGUGCAAUGCGAAAGGAGAUUUGAUAAGACUUACGAAAAUGUGAGAAAGUUAAGGUAAAUUCUAUUAGACAAUAUUCAAGUUAGAUAUUUCGUGUUUCAGUUGUAAAUCGUUAGCAAUCUUAAUUUAGCAGGUCAAAAACAAACGGGAAUUAGGAGAUCAAAAUCUUUUGAAUUAAAAAACUUUAAUACUCUCAAGAGUUCGUCAUAAUUGCUAAAUCGUGGUGGUGUUAUUAUUUGUAUUCUAGAGCACGAUUUCCUCGAUAUCACUGAAAAUGUCCCUGCCAAAAACUUGUGAAUUGUGGGCAGUAUACUACUCUACAUUAAGAAUGAAGUCGACAUUAAAUCCAUGAUUAUGAUAUCAUGUUAACCUGAAAUGUCAAUGUCAAUAAAUUUGCAAUAAAAAUACUAUU